AUGGUAUUUACUAAGCGGUCAAAUUCAUAUUUCUUUGGGAACUGGGCGGGGGAAUGGCGGGGGAAUGUUUCCGGUCUAGGAGUAUACAAAUGUUCCCAGGAUGAUGUACAUGGAACUGAAAAAGCUGUUAGUGUUGCUUUAAAGAAUGGAUACCCUAUGAUCGAUACAGCAGAGGUUUACGAAAAUGAGGAAGAGGUUGGUAGAGGAAUUAAAAACUCAGGUGUAAAAAGAGGAGAUGUAUAUGUUGUGACAAAACUUUGGGAUCAAAAUGGUUAUGAUUAUUGUUUAAAGGCAUUUGAAUCAAGUCUUAAACGGUUGAAUAUGAACUAUGUGGAUCUCUACUUAAUGCAUCGUCCUGUUGGUGAUUAUAUAUUAGAAACCUAUGAUGCAUUCCUGACCUUGAAGGAAAGGGGUUUGGCAAAAUCAAUUGGUGUGUCAAACUUCAAUAUUGCUAUGUUGGAAGGUCUGCGCAAAGCUGGAAAAGAAACCCCUGCUGUCAACCAAAUAGAAAUACAUCCAUACAUGAGAAGGGAUGAGCUCGUGAAAUAUUGCCAUGACCAUAACAUACAUGUAAUGGCAUUCUCACCUCUAACAAAAGGCAAACGAUUGAAAGAACCUGAUAUGAUUACCAUGGCAGAAAAGUAUAAAAAGACAGUAUCACAGCUAUUCAUUCGCUGGUCCAUACAAUCAGGCUUUAGUGUCAUUCCAAAAUCAUCCAAUGAGAAGCGUAUCAUUGAAAAUGCUCAAGUAUUUGAUUGGAUUAUCAGUGAGGAAGAUAUGGCCAUUUUGAAUUCGCAACCACAAGCCACAUGUAUGAACAAAUCUAAUUCUAUUUAUAAUGUUCAUGACAUAGUCCCAUCAUGGAUAACUUCCUAAUAAAUGUUUUUGGUUGGGC